CGCAUGCGCAGCGUGGCCCCCGCCCCCGCCGCCACCGCCCUCCUCCUCCAGAGAAAGGAACCUUUUUAUACGGUGGUCUGUCGCCUCUUUACAGAACACCUAACCACCAUGCCCUUGUACGAGGGCCUGGGGAGCGGCGGGGAGAAGACAGCGGUCGUGAUCGACCUGGGAGAGGCCUUUACCAAGUGUGGAUUUGCUGGAGAAACUGGCCCAAGGUGCAUAAUUCCCAGUGUGAUUAAAAGAGCUGGCGUGUCUAAGCCCAUCAAAGUUGUUCAAUAUAAUAUCAACACAGAAGAAUUGUAUUCUUACCUAAAAGAAUUUAUCCACAUUCUGUACUUCAGGCAUCUCUUGGUGAAUCCCAGAGACCGCAGAGUUGUGGUUAUCGAGUCUGUCUUAUGUCCUUCCCACUUCAGAGAGACACUCACUCGUGUUCUGUUUAAAUAUUUUGAGGUCCCAUCUGUUUUGCUUGCUCCAAGUCAUCUAAUGGCUCUUCUGACUCUUGGGAUAAACUCUGCCAUGGUCCUGGAUUGUGGAUAUAGAGAAAGCCUGGUGUUACCUAUAUAUGAAGGAAUCCCAGUCUUAAACUGUUGGGGAGCACUCCCCCUAGGAGGAAAGGCUCUUCACAAGGAGUUGGAAACUCAGCUGUUAGAACAAUGUACUGUUGAUACAAGUGCUGCUAAAGAACAGAACCUUCCCUCUGUGAUGGGUUCGAUUCCAGAAGGAAUUUUAGAGGAUAUUAAGGUGCGCACUUGCUUUGUAAGUGAUCUGAAGCGUGGACUAAAUAUCCAAGCAGCAAAAUUUAACAUAGAUGGAAAUACUGAGCGUCCCUCACCACCCCCGAAUGUUGACUACCCAUUAGAUGGUGAGAAGAUUUUGCAUGUCCUUGGAUCAAUCAGAGAUUCAGUUGUGGAAAUUCUUUUUGAACAAGAUAAUGAAGAGAAAUCAGUUGCUACCUUGAUACUGGAUUCCCUUUUGCAGUGCCCAAUAGACACCAGGAAGCAACUGGCAGAGAAUCUGGUAAUCAUAGGUGGCACUUCUAUGUUACCAGGAUUUCUCCAUAGGUUGCUUGCAGAAAUAAGAUAUUUGAUAGAAAAACCAAAGUAUAAAAAAACACUUGGGACUAAGACAUUCCGAAUUCAUACUCCACCUGCAAAAGCUAAUUGUGUGGCUUGGUUGGGAGGAGCUAUUUUUGGAGCACUGCAAGACAUACUUGGGAGCCGUUCAGUCUCAAAGGAAUAUUAUAAUCAGACAGGCCGCAUACCUGAUUGGUGUUCUCUUAAUAACCCACCUUUGGAAAUGAUGUUUGAUGUUGGAAAAACUCAACCACCAUUAAUGAAAAGAGCAUUUUCCACGGAGAAAUAAAAUUUUCAUUAAAUUCAACUUUAUUUCAAAUAACCAAUCCAUUGCAAGCAAACUGUAAAAAAGUAUAUAGGAUGCUUUGUUAGAGAAGGCUUUAAUGGAUGUGAAGAUAUUUCUGUAAUUAUUCUUUGUAUUAAUAUUUAUUUCUUUUGGCUUUGCUUUUCUUGUGUAGUGGUAAAAUGGCAGUUGAUGCUUAUGAGGUUCAUUGUAUUUAUAUCAAUAAAAUGUAUUAGGUAGA